UCUGUCUAUCUACAGUUUACGUGACGUGAUCUACAGAUUCUCGCUUAUAUUUUCAGCAUUAACAGUGUAUUUCACGUGUAUAUACUUGUAGGUUAGGAGUCUAUUCGCGCAAUUUUUGACAUUGCACCAUCAGCGAUUACUGCUGUAAAUAUUAUCCUCGGGAAAAGAAAAAAAGAUUCAGUGGUUCUUCAUGGAUGCAUCCCGACUGCUCAUGCUCUUGUGGAGAGUUGGUCCUGUACAGCUGCCGAAAAUUUUUACAUUAUGCGUUAUCCAAUCAUCACUCGAAGAAAGGAUCAGAUCGUAUAUUAUGGUCGCGUUUGUACUUCCAGCCAGAUUUGCGAGCAACGACAUCAAUAAUGUAUCUCAUCUGCUUUGAAUAAAGCAAUAUUUUCAUCGCUAAUUUUAUAUCAUUUUUCAUCGCUCACAUCUCAUUGACGCACGUAGGUACUUAAUACUUUAUGAGAUCGCAAAUACGUCUUUCAAUCACUAAUGUCGGUGAUGUAACAUCAGUAAUAGGACGAUGUAGGGAUAUUAACAAGUAAUAAAUUACUUGUUCUUUUCUAUUCUAUCAUUUGUUAUUUGAAGAAAGGAGCUAGGAAAAUAAUUCUUUCCAUUGGUUAGUAUUAUUUUCAUGAAUAAUACUGCUAACCUAUUAAUUCUAUUUUUUUAAGUGCACGAUGAUAGACAAUUAAAUCAUCUUGAAACCUAUAUAAGCUAUGUCGAUUAACACUACAGUCGAAUCAAUCAUCUGUUUUUUUUUUUUUUUUUUUUUAAUGUGGGUCAUAUAUAAUAUGGACAGUGACAAUUAACAAUUUAGUUGACUGGGAUUAAUGCUAAAGCCAAGGUCAAGUUUUGUAAAUUAGCGAAUUCGACAUCUUCAAAAUCAAUUCUAUAAUCGUAUUGCAAUAUGAAACAAUAGUUACAACGAUUCGAAUUAUCGGCGGAUAUCUGCAGUCGUAGGUAACAGUCGGUAUCUUGCAGCUCUUUAAUUGUCACGACCGUCGUUGAUGCGCUCGCAUCGCUGCGCGGCCGAUCAGUCGUUUGAAGAAACGAACACGCGCGCAUAGAAGCGUAUACUUUAUACCCUAUGCUUUCUGUUCUUCGUUAUCUAUUCCGCGAAGGUGCGCGAUAGUACGCGACAACGAACAGGACGACGCCAUCUUCGCUCGGUCCUUUUUUUCAGUGAAACGUCACAUCUGGGAUACUUGUGCAAACCAUGGUCGAAGUGUGCGCAUAGACGGCGUGUAGUCAGUGUAUGUGUGGGAGCGAGUGAGCGUGUGAUGCUCGCGGAUCGCCACUCGUCUGACUCGUCACAGUCGUCGUCACCCGCGUCACCGGUGGCGUCGUCCAACGUUCAACCGAUACGUAACGCACGGAACGGAGCAAAGUUAUAUUUAAUACCGCGCGUUUGUUCGUUCGUUCGUUCGUUCCCCCGUCAUGUGCGGCUAAUAGUGACUCUAAUGAAUCUGUGUCGAAGAUUUUAUCCCGAGAAUCCAUCGUUGACGAGAGACGAGCGCGAGCUCGAAGAGGAGUCGUUUGCCGUCCAGUGCCCAUGUAAAAUCAUUCACUAGACUGUGCCCUCUCCCCCGCUCCUCCAUAUAGUUGGUUAGUUUCGUUCGUGUGUCGUUUUGAUUAGUGUUGUGUAGCCCUCUUGUUUCUACUACGUUCUCUCUUUCUCUUUCUGAUUUACUCUCUUGGUCUCUCUUUCUCACGCUCCAUGCUUGUUCUCUUUCUCACUCUCUUCUCUCCUUCCUCCAUCCUUUCUUUUUUUUUUUUUAAAGAAAGCGAUUCGUAUUUGGAAACAUAUUUUGUUGGUUAUGUUUCCCGUUACGUCGCUUUACAUGCAGCCGUGUAAGCGCGUGUAUGUGCGUCUACGCACCUGGCUGCAGGAGUAACAGAGGGAGGGAGAGAGAGAGAGAGAGAGAGAGAGAGAGAGAGAGAGAGAGAGAAGAAAGAGGCAAAGAGGAAACUGUACUGUAAAUGACAUAGUAGUGUGUGUACGUAUAAAGUAAAAUGCAUAAAUUAAGACUACCUGUCAAGGUCGAAUUACCCAGUGCUUUAACAAGGAUGGUAUUAGAUCCCAAGGCCACUAGUUUGCAUAACGAUUACGGAAGUUUCGAUCGACCAUUGGGCGCCGGGGAGGGCCACGAGGGGGACGUUGAGGCGGUUGAUGGAAGCAGCAGCGGGAUGGCGCAGUCCAGCGAUGUUUACCAACGGCAACCGCUCUUGCCCGGCGCACCAUUGUCCAAGAGCAAGGACAAGUGGUCCGGAGUGGCCUCGGGGUCAGACUACUACGAGGACGAUGAAGAUGAGAAGGGUAUCGAAGGGCUGGGCAGACAUUCCGGAAUACCGAACGGCUCCAGCGGCGGCAUCGUCAAGAUCGACAUGCCGGCACCGCUUCGCGAGGAGCCGCGAUUCCCCAAGGAAAAGUGGAAAACGUUUCUCGCAUUUCUCUUUAUGGUCGUAAACUUCAUACUGACGACGGCUUCCCUCGCGAUGGUACACGAGCGCGUUCCAGACAGAAACACGUAUGGACCACUUCCUGACGUAGUACUGGAUAAUGUUACCGCUCAGGAUUGGGCGCUUAACGUCUCGGAAGUCUUGAUUAUGAUCAUGUCCAAUUCCGCAAUGGUUUUUAUCAUUUUUCAUAAACAUAGAUUCAUAACAUGA